AUGGCGGGCGCGCGCGUCGAGGAAGCGCAUUGGGCGGGAACGGCUGUGGCGAUCGAGAUCAAAGAGGUACACCAGCGACACAACGAGCAACUCCCUUGGGCCAGGAGCAGGAACUACUCGAUGAUGCAAGCGAACAAGAUGACAGGCGCAUUCGAGGAAAAACUGCCGGGCAGCAAGCCGGCCGUGGCAUCGAAGGCGGGGGAGACAAAGUGGGGGGCCUUCGGGGUGGAGCGCAAGACGGAUUGGAUGAGUUACAUGAGUUGCAUGAGUUGCAUGAGCUGCACGAUUUGCAGAAGCCACCCAAGAAAUCGACAGCCCAACAGCCGGGCCCACGGGAGCGCGUGGGAAUGGACCCAAGCCCAGGCGCACGGGAGGCUGGCCAAUCGGGGCGCGGAUCGCGCCUCUCGUAUCGCCCACCGGCCGAUGCAGAGCCCUGGUGACGUGCUCGCACAGCUCGAAGCCACCCCGAACGACCGGCUGUGGCUCGAGAAGAAGCAAGACAAAGCAAGCCGGGGUGCCGCCAAACAGCCCCGUGGUCGUCCUGAUCACAUCAUUCAUCCGAGGGGACCGCGCGCUGAUCUCCACCCUUCCUUGCAGACCCGCAAUGGAUCGUCGGCCUGUCUGGGUGAUGGUGAUGGGCCGUUGCAUCGGCUGCCCAAGUAG